AUGGCGGAAAAAGAGCGUGAGGUCUCAGAGUCGGAGAGAAUCUUGCUUACACCAAAACAUCUUAGAAGUGCUGUGUGGCGUUUCUUUGGUUUCUGGAGUGUCAAAGGAGAAAUCAUUGACAAAACCAAUGUCAUUUGUAAGCUGUGUAAGAAACCGCUGCUAUAUCACUCCACAACGACUAACUUGCGAACGCACAUGCAAUCGUGUCAUCCCGAGGAGUUUUCUCGAGAGUGCAAUGAGGAGGGUCCAGCAUUAAAGCAGUCCCGGGUAACUACGUUUUACACCUCAAAUACCACACCACUACCUUCUGCAAAACAAGAAGAAAUUACCCAAAAACUUACUGAAUUCAUCUGCAAAGAUAUGCGCCCGAUAAGCAUCGUUGAUGGCGAAGGCUUUCAAAACUUCGUGCGAGCACUCAACCCACGUUAUAAUUUUCCUUCUCGGGGUACAGUGAGCAAUCGCAUUGCGAAGCUUUAUGACUGCACUGCCAAAAGCGUGAAAGAAUUGCUGAACAAUCGAUCUGUGGCCUUGACAACGGAUGGAUGGACUUCUCUACACACCGACGCAUAUGUGACAGUCACUGCACAUUUUAUUUCAGAUGACUGGGAAAUCAAAAACUAUGUGCUGAAAACAGAAGAACUGAGAGAAAAGCAUACCGCCGAAAAUGUGAGUGAAUGCAUUUUGCAAAUUCUUGGUGCAUUUGAAAUCAAACCGGAGUCUGUGAUAUCUGUGACUACUGAUAAUGCUGGUAAUUACGUGAAGGCAGUUGAGAGCCAUAUGAAAAGACCGAACAUACCGUGUUUGGCGCAUACGCUUAAUCUAGCUGUAUGUAAGGGGCUUCGUGGUGUUCGAUCUAUUGAAACAGCAAUUAGCAAACUGAAGAUGACCGCUGCCCAUUUCAGCAAGUCAGCUGUUGAUAGCUACCUGCUCGAGAAAAAACAAAAACAGCUUGAAGUAAAAUCGGACAAGCUUAUCAAUGACUGCCCCACCCGUUGGAACAGUACCUACGACAUGAUCAAUCGAGCCCUGGAGCAGCAAGCCCCUGUGGCUGCUGUAAUCUUUGAAAAGAAGAUGUCUCACCUGGAGCUGAAUACAAGUGAAUGGGUUCUGAUGGAAAUGGUUAAGAAUGUUCUUCAACCUUUUAAGACUGCUACAGAAGCGUUGUCAACAGACAAAUACCCGACUGCGUCUGCUGUCCUUCCGUUGCAACACGUUCUGUUAAUGCAGCUUCAACCAAAUUCUGAUGACAGCUCGGCAGUGAAAGAAAUGAAAAUGAAAAUCGCAGCGGAUCUCCAAGGCCGUUACCCUAAUGAAAAGCAGGCUUUCAUGCUACUCAACACUGCAAGCUAUUUAGACCCCCGAUUCCACCGUCUAAAUCAUUUGCCAGAGGAACAGAAAAAACAAGUACGGGCGAAAAUAUUGUCGGAGUUAACAACUAUAAUGGAGGAGGCAAAAAAUGAGCGCACUGAUGCUGUAAAACAACCGGACGCAAGAAAAAAGACUGCGCUGUCUGCCAUGGGCAACCUGUUCGAUGACGUGUACAGUCAGACCCAGAGCAGUUCUGAAGAAAGCAUCAAGGCUUUGGAGCAUGAGAUGGACAUGUAUGAUCGAGAAGCUACGCUACCCGCUGACGAAAAUCCUCUCAGUUGGUGGCAAAAAUCAUGCGGCAUGUAUCCACAUAUUGCGCAGCUGGCAAAGACGUACCUGACCAUACCUGGCACAUCGGUCAGAGCUGAGCGCGUCUUUUCAUCAGCUGGAAACAUUGUCAACAAAAAACGCUCAGCACUCGCUGCAGAUCAAGUUGACCGUCUGGUGUUUUUGACGAAUAAUAUGUAG